AUGACUACUUCUCCUAAAGAUAUACCUACAUUAUCAGAAUGGUACGCUUCCAACGAGACUCCCCAAACGGAAGACGAGCCAAAAUACAAUCAUGAUGAAGGGUUGAAUAGAAGAGUCAGCAUCUGGAGAGGCGAUAUAACCAAGCUCCAAGCAGACUUGAUAGUCAACGCGGCCAACUCCUCUCUCCUAGGCGGAGGUGGGGUGGACGGAGCGAUCCAUCGAGCAGCUGGACCAGAGUUGUUGGAGGAGUGUGAGGGUCUGGGAGGUGCUGAGACGGGUGAGACGAAAGUGACUAAGGGGUAUGAACUCCCAUCAAAAUACGUAGCUCAUACCGUCGGACCAAUCUAUUCCUCCCGUGCCGUCGACAAAUGUGCUCAACAGUUAAAAUCAUGCUAUCAGACUUCUCUCGAUUUGUGUCAAAGUCAUGGAGGGGGUGUAAUUGGAUUUUCAAGUAUCUCAACGGGUGUUUACGGUUACCCCAUCAAAGACGCUACUGAAAUAGCUAUUGAGACCACGAGAAAAUUCCUGGAAAAAGACCAAUCGGUAACAAGAGUGAUCUACGUGGUAUUCUCCAAAAAGGAUGAAGAAGUUUAUAAAUCCAUUUUACCUCAGUUUUUCCCCCCUCAUCCUUCCUCCGAAUCAUCAAAUGACAACAAGCAUGAGUAG